CAUGAGUGGACAUAACCUUUACGACAACAACAAUCAAACAACGUGUUCAGUGUUUAGAUUUCUGUUUUAAAUUAAAAUGGGUAAAAUUAAGCAAGAAGCCGAUGUUAGUGUAAAGGAAGAGCCCCAAGAUGAAUUAUCUUACGAGGAAAAGAUAGCAAAUUGUAACACUAUUUCUAAACCUAUGGCAUCCAAGAAGCUUGCUAAACGAUGCUACAAAUUAGUUAAAAAAGCAAUGAAACAAAAAACUUACAUAAGGUGUGGCUUGAAAGACGUUCAAAAGAGGCUAAGAAAAGGCGAAACGGGCAUCGUUCUUUUUGCUGGUGAUGUAUGGCCCUUGGACAUAAUGUGCCACUUGCCUGUAGUGUGUGAGGACAAAAACAUUCCUUAUGUUUUCGUUCCAAGUAGAAAAGAUCUAGGAGCCGCAAUGGGUGUAAAACGAGGGUGUUUAACAGUUUUAAUUAAGUCGCACAAUGAAUAUAAAGAUGCCUUUGAUGAAUUAUCAGAAGAAGUUAAGCAUUUGGGUGUUGCUCUUUAAUAGUAGUGUUCAUUUUUAAGUAAUAUUUUUUAUAUUAAUGUUAAUAUCUAGUUUAAGAUAUUGCAAGAUGUAAUACAACUCUUGUAAUAUAGUUUGUAUUUAUAUAAACAGUAUGAGGUUUUA